AUGGCGGAGGUGCGCUCGUCGGCGUCGCACGCGCUGCACAACCUGGUGCACUCGCAGUGUGACGACAAGCGGACGCGCCGGGAGGCGCGCGUGCUCCGCCUGCUCGAACAGCUGCGCGAGUUCACGGAGAGCCUGUGGCAGCGGAUGGACGAACAGGGCGGCACCGGCAUGAUCAUGGAAGACUCUCUGGACCACCACCCGGUGCCGACGGUGGUGGCCCUGAUGAAGCUCUCGUUUGACGAGGAGCACCGCACCGUCAUGUGUCAGCUGGGGGGCCUGUACACGGUGGCAGAGCUGGUCCAGGCCGACCACGAGGCGCACGGCUCGGCUACCGCUCACCUGACCUGCAACAGUACCAGGAGGUUCGCCGGGAUGACGCUGACCAACCUGACGUUCGGGGACGGCACCAACAAGGCGCUGCUCUGCGGCCUCCGCGGCUUCAUGAGGGCGCUGGUGGCUCAGCUACACUCGCCCAACGAGGACCUCACGCAGGUGACGGCCAGCGUGCUGCGUAACCUGUCGUGGCGCGCAGACGCCGCCAGCAAGCAGACGCUGCGGGAGGUGGGCGCGGUGACGGCGCUCACGCAGGCCGCCAUGGCCGCCCAGCGCGAGUCCACGCUCAAAUCGGUGCUCUCGGCGCUCUGGAACCUCUCGGCCCACUGCGGCAUGAACAAGGCUGACAUCUGCGCGGUGGACGGCGCGCUGGCCUUCCUGGUGAAGACGCUGACGUACCAGUCGCCGUCCAAGACGACGGCCAUCGUGGAGAACGGCGGCGGCAUCCUGCGCAACAUGUCCAGCCACAUCGCCGGCAGGGAGGACUACAGGGCAAUCCUGCGGGAGCACAACUGUCUGGAGACGCUGCUGCAGCAGCUCAAGUCCUCCAGUCUGACCAUAGUCAGUAAUGCGUGCGGCACGCUGUGGAACCUGUCGGCGCGCUGCGCCCAGGACCAGCGCACCCUCUGGGAGCUGGGCGCCGUCUCGAUGCUGCGCUCGCUGAUCCACAGCCGCCACCAGAUGAUCGCCAUGGGUAGCAGCGCGGCGCUCAAGAACCUGCUGGCCGCCCGGCCGGAGGGCGUGCCGCCGCCGGAGCCGGGCGCCGGCGCCGGCACGCCCGGACUGCCGGCGCGCCGGCUGCGUGCCCUCCAGCAGGAGCUGCACGCCGGCGGCCUGGCCGAGACCUGCGACAACCUGGACUCGGCCAGCGCCGGCCGGCCCGAGGCGCGCUUCCUGGCCACGGCCGGGCCGCCGGCGCGGCGCGUGCCCCGCUCGGACAGUGGUGACUCGGUGCUCAGCUCGCUCUCCGACCCGGGCCUGGAGCGGCGCGGCGAGGCGCGGCUGGCGGCCGCCGUCCGGCAGGCGGCCCGCCAGGCCGGGGUCUCCGAGGCCGAGCUCCGCCGCCGGCUGCUGCGACCGGCGGCCGGCUGGGCGGGCUCGCUGCCGCGGGUCCGCUCUCUGGUCGGCCUGGAGCGGCCGCCGGGCCCGGCCGACAGGGGCCUGCCCGCCGAGCAGGGCCCGCCGCCACCGGGGGUGGAGGAUCAGGAGGAGGACGAGGAGGCGACUGAGGAGGACGCCGAGGAUAUACCGACCGAGGACCUGCCCGCCGAGGACAUCCCCGCCGAGGGCCCCACCGAGGACAGCCCUGUCGUGGGACUGCUGUCCGCAGAGGACCGCUCGGCUCCCUCCGCGCCGGACGAGUCAGAGGAGCCGGACGGCGACCCGGCCUCGGACGGCGACACGGUGCGCGGCUGCACGGACAGCACGCUGAGCGCGCUCAGCGGCCUCUCCUCGGACGUCACCGAGCCGACGCUGACGCCGGAGCGGCGGCGCAGGGCCCCGCCGACCGCCCGACUGGCGCGCGCCGGGUCGGCCGGCAGCAGCAGUGGCGCCACCACUGAGCCCAGCUCCGGGUACGCCGAGUUCAGCUCGCAGCUGAGUGACGCCACGUCGUCCAGUAACCAGCCGGACUCGGACGACCCCACUCUGGGCUCCCCGUUCCCGGCGCGGCGUCCCACGGCACGCGCCGGGCCCUCCUCACCGGGCCCUGCGCGGCCGCCGGGCCGCCUGCCGCGCCGGGCCGCCGCCGGGGACUCGCCGGUCCAGAGGGCAGCGGAAGGCUCUCCGCGGCCGCAGCGGAGGCCCACCGGGGGCGACGUCAGCGGUCGGGUGCCGUCGGCCGCAGCUGUGGAGCGGGCGGCGGGCGAUACCAGGGGCUUCCAGGACUCCGCAGAGACGACCGACACCGACAGAGUUCAGGAGUCGCUGGGUCCAAUGCGAGGCGCCGCGGUCCGGCCGGCGGCGGGACGACCGGGAGGUCCUCACGGAGACGGUGCCGUGUCAGCGCCGGCCGUCAGUCCGGUACCGGCGGCCGUCAGUCCGGUGCCGACAGCUGCGGGCGACGGCAGAGCGACGGCGCCGGCGGCCGGUGGACAGAAGUCAGGGGCCAUGUUCCAGCGCGACCAGACCAAGGAUGGUCGCGCGGCGGGCCGGCCCGUCGGCUCGCGGCUACCUCAGAGGGUGGCCUCUGGCUCGUCCCUGCCGCGCCGGCUGCCGCAGACCUGGAGCGUCAAACAGUACCACAGGCGCUCGGAGCGGCAGCCGGGCGCGGACGGCGACCUCACUGUGGAGGACCUGGAGGGCUCCGGUCUGACUCCCCGCCGCGCCGACCGGCCCGUCCGCACUGCCGCCCUGCCGCCCGAGUGGACGGCCGCCUCGGCGCAGGAGGCGCUGGCCAACGCCGGCACCGGCCGAGGCGCGGCGGAGGCCGGUCGCGGCGGCGGCGGCGGCGGCUGGGGCACCCGUCUGAUGUCUGCCGACGGCACGCCGCUCUCCCGCAGCAGUUCAGUCGGCUCCCUGGAGACGCGCUCCGACGGCGAGGCCUCCAGCAGCGGCGACGAGCCCGACGCCCGCCUGCUGGAGCGCUGCCUACGCGCCGCGCUGCCCAAGAGCCGCUCCGAGGGCAGCUGCCUGCGGCGCCCGCGGCGCGGCCGGCGCCGCCGCUCGCCCGUGCCGCUCGGCGUCACCCGGACCCCCUCCGAGGAGAGUGAGGGAGAGGAGGAGGAGGAGGAGGAGGAGGAGCCGGCGCGGAGCUCGCCCUCACCGCCGCCGCCCGUCGAGGUGCAGGUGACGGCCGCCUCCUCGCUCUCCCUGACCGUCUCGGAGCGGAGCGUCUCCCUGGUGGGCGCGGCGCCGCGGUCGGCCGGCCCGCCGCCGGUGCCGGUACCGACGCUGGCCGCCGAGCCCGACUGUAUGACCACCUCUCAGCGGGUGGCGCGCGACGCGUCGGCGGUGGCCGCCGCGCUGGAGAUGUCCCACGCGGUGAUGGCGCAGAGCUCCGACCUGACCAGCAGUCUGGAGCUGCUGGAGGGCGUCGGGCCGCCGUCCAUGAUGGACAGCGGCGCCUCGUUCAACGGCUUCCCGUCGAGCGGCUCGCUGAGUAACGGCCGCUCGCCGCUGCUGCCGCGACGGCCGUCCGCCGCCAGCCGCUUCGUCCCGGAGAUGAUGCGCCGGGCGCUGGGCGGCGGAGGCGGCGGCGGCGGCGGCGGCGCCACACAGGGAGGCAUGCAGGAGUCGGCCGAGGGCCUGAGCAGUCUCAGCAGCUGCCAGUCCAACUUGGAGCUGGUCAAGCCGCCCUCCUUCAUGGAGGAGCUGGACAUGGAGAACAGCAUGUUGAGCUUGGAGAGCCUGCGCUCGGAGGUGGCCGAGCCGCGCGCCGCGCCGGCCGACAGUCUGGCCUCCCUGGAGCCGCCGUCGCUGUUCCACGAGCUUGGAGAGCCCACCGAGCGGUGCGACUCGACGCUGGGCGGCGCCGGGCCCGGCUCCGAGACGCUGGGCAGCGACACGGAGAUGUGCGCGCAGGAGGACCUGCCGCUGGACCCGCCCGAGCUGCCGCGCGACUCCACCCCGGAGAGCUCGCCACUGGUGCGCCGGCGCACGCCGCACCCGCGCCGGCGCCGCUCCGACGAGCGCUACCGCACGUUCACGCGCGGCGCCGGCUCCGAGGACCUGAGCAGCGCCGACCUGACACUGACGCUCACCCCCGGCACCGAGUCCGCCGCCACCGAGACAGACGAGACGCUGCGCGCCUCGGCGUCAGCGCCCGGAGUCAGCUCGGCGGCGGCGUCCGGCUCGACGCGGGCGCGGCGCACGUGUCGGCAGCGGCGCCAGGAGGACCGCGACCGGUACCGCACCCAGACGGUGGAGAGCGGCUCGGACGACCUGCAGCGGCCGUCGGCCGACGACACGCCCUCGCCGCCGUCCCCGGCGCCGCGGCUGGACAUCCGGCAGCUGGCGCAGGAGGCGCUGCAGCGUCCGGCGCCGCCGUCCGGCCGGCGCGACCUGCGCCAGCUGGCGGCCGAGGCGCAGCGCGCCAUCGCCUGCCUGCAGUCGGCCGGCCGCGGCAGCGGGCUGCACGGGGACCCGGCCAGCGCGCCUCUGCCCCACUUUCCGCCGGUGCCGCCGCCGCUGGUCCGCCGGAUCCCGGUGCCGGUCUUGGCGUCCGCCCCGGCUCCGGCUCCGGCUGCGGCUCCGGCUCCCGUGCUGGCGCCGCCGGCAGAGGCCGAGGAGCCGGAGCUGAGCUCGGAGCCGACCGACAGCUCGCCCGUCAAACUGCGGCCGCGGAUCGUCAAACCGGGGGAGGAGACACGCAAGGAGCCGCCGGAGGAUGAAUCAGAGCAGCCCAAGGGCAUCCGCGGCAAGAGGAAGCCGCUCUACUCGGCGCCGCGGCGGGCGGACGCGUCCAAGCGGGACGCUCCUGCCACGCCGGCCAAGGCGGCGGUGAAGCCGAAGGUGUCGGCUGUUCGGCCGAGCUCCGCCAGCUCUCCGGCCGUGUGUCCAGUGAGAGGCACCAAGACCACCCAGCUCCGUAAGGUGAUCAGCGGCUCGGCGGUGGCCGGUGCCGGCAGUCCGCUGGCCAGGGUCUCCCGCUCGGCCACCCCGAGUCCGGCCAACAGCGCCACCUCGAGCCCGCAGUUGGGUCUGCGCCGGUUCGGCUCGGCCGGCAAGGCGGGCGUGGUGAGCCGCGAGCUGCCGCGGCCGGCGUCCACGCCCUCCGCGGCUCCGGCCGCCGGGCGGACGGCCGCCAAACGGCCCGUGUCGGUACCGGUGGCCAGCGCCACCUCCCGGAUCCAGCGGCCGGCCUGGGUGGGCGCCGUCCGGCCCGCCAGGUCCGUCACGUCCACUCCGGUGAAGAGGCAGCCGCCGGCAGCGACCACCCCGGUGGGCGCGGCGCCGCCGGCCGCGGCCGAGCCGGCCCCGCCCCAGCCGCCGGCGCAGCUGAAGAAGCAGGGCACCUUCACGCUGGACGAACCCACUCAGGAGCAGACGGUGGCCGAGGCAGAGGCGGAGGCGGAGGGAGGCACCGCCAAACCCAGAGUCCCCCCGCCGGCGCCCACGCGCGGCGGUAAGAUCGCGCGCGCGCUGUCUGCGCAGCUGAGCAGGCCGCCGUCGGGCACCCGGCCGCCGCCCAAGUCACACAGCGGACAGGCGCUGUCGGCGGCCCGCUCGCGCAUCCCGAAGUCGCCCAGCUACGAGAGCACGCUGUCUCUGAAGGUGCGCUGCGCCAGUCAGAGCCCGGGCGCGCGCCGCCAGCGGCCGACCUCCCCGCGCCGCGGCCGGGCGCUGCGCCAGAGCGCCAGCAACUCCAGUCUGGGCGGCGGCCGGACUCCGACCCGGGGUGAGCGGAGCGCCAGUAACUCGAGCGUCAGCUCCACCACCUCUGCCGCCGGCGGCGGCGGCGGCGGCCCGCUGGCGGCCGAGUCCUCCGGGAAGAUCGCCGCGCUGUGGCGCCGUAUCGAGGCGAGCCGGGCGCGCCAGGAGCAGCAGCAGCAGCUGCACUCGCCCGGCGCCGGGCACGACGGCCGCGUCUGGAUCAAACCGGUGGCCGGCGACGCCAACGCCAACCGGCCGCUGGAGCCGGCGCGCACCGGCUCGGCGCUGACUGAGGGCGCCGCGCCGCGCUCCCGGAUGGUGUUCACGCCGCAGGGCUGGCGGCGGGUCGGCUCCCCCGCCCAGUCGCCCACCGAGGCGCGGCCCAACGCCACCGCCGUCAUCCCGCCGUUCAACUACAGCCCGCCGGGCGGCGCGGCGCGCGCCAUCCCCAGCGCCCCUGGCGACAACACCGAGAAACGCAAACGCAAGUCGGCGGCGCUCGGAACGUGAAUAUGAGGCGGCACCGGCGGCUAGUCUGUGUGUGAUAUUAUACAGCUUUUGGUACGUGAGAACUUUUGUGGCAGCGUGAAUCCUGUGCGUUAUUGUGUACUGUGCAGUGUGUCUAUUGCGAUGAUUGUGAUCAUUUGAUUUUAAUCUCUGGUCGUGUCUGGUUCCUAUUGGACGCCCGAUCUGUGUACCCGGACACUGUGGCAGCCUCCGCCAGCGAGGCCCAAGCAGUUUCGCUGUCGGACGUUCUCCGAAUCCAUAGGAUUGAUUCAUAUACCAUGCAGUAUAUGUGCCUGAUGAAAGACGCGACUCGAGCAUGAGAAGUGUAUUUUUUCCAAUAGAUGCUCAUGUAGCUUCUCAAAUCGAUGGCAUAGUUAUGGAUUUUUCUCUCGGCGCAUCCGUCGCCUGCAGCCAAAUAUGAUGCGUCGGCUGGCGGCUCUCCUGCUUCUGAACGGCAGUCUGUUGCAUAAUAAACGAGAAACCUUUGUA